UUUCCAGAUUUUACACCUUAUUGUAUGUCAAAGUCUGCAUUGGAUAUGUUUACUAAGUGUAUGGCCGCCGAGUUGGGGCCUAAACGCAUCCGGAUUAACGCAAUCAAUCCGGGUCCUAUUGACACAGGCUUUUUCACAGCCAUGGGCUCAUCACGUGCUGACGCCGACAAACUAUUUGAAGCCAUUGCCAAUAUAUUGCCUGUCGGUCGCGCCGGUCUGUCCGCCGAUGUGGCCAAUAGUAUCCUAUACCUGGCGAGUGACCAUGCUGCUUUUAUCACCGGAACUAACCUAGUCACCGAUGGCGGGCCGUUGCAUCAAAUCAAACAAGUUCAGAUAACCUUAAGAAUAUUCUAUAAAAUAUUCAGUAAUUAA